GUCAACUCCUGCUGGCGCGGAGGGGCGCUGCCCGAACAUCUCUUUACUCCCACUUUUGCCCUGCCAUCACUUCGAUUCCAGCAGAUCAAAUGGGCUUGGUCCAGUGGUACCACUGCCUGUGCCUUCUUUAGCUGGGGACGGAUGCCCCAGAACCUUCCAGAGAACAACCACGCCUUCCCCCGCCACCGCUCUGGUGGCCACGGAGGCCCUAAGAGUCCCAAAGCCACUGCAGCAGCCAUGUACACCUUCCUGCCUGACAACUUCUCCCCUGCCAAACCGAAGCCAACCAAAGAGCUGAGGCCUAUGCUGGGCUCUGCGGUCCUGGGGCUGCUGCUGGUGCUGGCUGCGGUGGUGGCCUGGUGCUACUACAGUGCCUCCUUACGCAAAGCGGAACGGCUGCGGGCCGAGCUGCUGGACCUCAACCGUGGCGGCUUCUCCAUCCGCAACCAGAAGGGCGAGCAGGUCUUCCGGCUGGCCUUCCGAUCGGGGGCUCUGGACCUCGACUCCUGCAGCCGCGAUGGCGCCGUCCUCGGGUGCACCCACACGGCCGAUGGUCGCCCACUGCACUUUUUCAUCCAGACGGUGCGGCCUAAGGACACGGUCAUGUGCUACCGCGUGCGCUGGGAAGAAGCGGCUCCGGGACGUGCCGUGGAGCACGCCAUGUUUCUUGGCGACACGACGGCCCACUGGUACGGCGGCGCGGAGAUGAGGACCCAGUACUGGCCCAUCCGCCUGGAGGGUCAGCAGGAGCCUCAGCCAUUCGUCACGAGCGACGUCUAUUCUUCGGAUGCCGCUUUCGGGGGCAUCCUGGAGCGCUACUGGCUAUCGUCGCGCGCGGCGGCCAUCAAAGUCAACGACUCCGUGCCCUUCCACUUGGGCUGGAACGACACAGAGCGAUCCUUGCGGCUGCAGGCCAGAUACCACGACACGCCCUACAAGCCGGCGGCCGGCCGCCCCGCAGCCGCCGAGCUCAGCUACCGCGUGUGCGUGGGCUCCGAUGUCACCUCCAUCCACAAGUACAUGGUGCGACGUUAUUUUAACAAGCCGUCCAGGGUGCCCGCGCCCGAGGCCUUCCGCGAUCCAAUCUGGUCCACGUGGGCGCUGUACGGGCGCGACGUGGAUCAGGACAAGGUGCUGAGCUUCGCCCAGCAGAUCCGCCAGCACCGCUUCAACAGCAGCCACCUGGAGAUCGACGACAUGUACACGCCCGCCUACGGCGACUUCGACUUCGACCAGGCCAAGUUCCCCAACGCCAGUGACAUGUUCGGCCGCCUGCGCGACGCCGGCUUCCGCGUCACGCUCUGGGUGCACCCCUUUGUCAACUACAACUCGUCGCGCUUCGGCGAGGGCGUGGAGCGCGAGCUGUUCGUGCGCGAGCCCACGGGCCGGCUGCCCGCGCUCGUGCGCUGGUGGAACGGCAUCGGCGCCGUGCUCGAUUUCACGCGCCCGGAAGCCCGAGAUUGGUUCCAGGGCCACCUGCGGAGGCUGCGCUCCCGCUACACCGUGGCGUCCUUUAAGUUCGACGCCGGUGAGGUCAGCUACCUGCCCCGGGAUUUUAGCACCUACAAGCCGCUGUCGGAUCCCAGCGUGUGGAGCCGGCGAUACACGGAGAUGGCGCUGCCCUUCUUCUCGCUGGCCGAGGUGCGCGUGGGUUACCAGUCGCAGAACAUCUCCUGCUUCUUCCGCCUGGUGGACCGCGAUUCCCUGUGGGGCUACGACCUGGGGCUGCGCUCGCUCAUCCCCGCCGUGCUCACCGUCAGCAUGCUGGGCUACCCGUUCAUCCUGCCCGAUAUGGUGGGUGGCAACGCGGUGCCCGACCGCACCGUGGGCAACCGCGAGGGGCCGGAUCGGGAGCUCUACGUGCGCUGGUUGGAGGUGGCCGCCUUCAUGCCGGCCAUGCAGUUCUCCAUCCCGCCCUGGCAGUACGACGCUGAGGUCGUGGCCAUCGCCCACAAGUUCGCCGCCCUGCGGGCCUCGCUGGUGGCCCCGCUCUUGCUCGAGCUGGCCGGUGAGGUCACCGAUACCGGCGACCCCAUCGUGCGCCCCCUUUGGUGGAUCGCGCCGGGCGACGAGACGGCUCACCGCAUCGACUCGCAGUUCCUGAUCGGGGACACGCUGCUGGUGGCGCCCGUGCUGGAGCCGGGCAAGCAGGAGCGCGACGUCUACCUGCCCGCCGGCAAGUGGCGCAGCUACAAGGGGGAACUCUUCGACAAGACGCCGGUGCUGCUCACCGAUUACCCGGUAGACCUGGACGAAGUCGCCUAUUUCACGUGGGCCUCCUGACCCUGUAGGAACCCCACAGCCCUAGCCAUAUCCUUCAUGCACACUUUUUAUUUUUGUUUUAAACCCUCCAUCACGCCUGAACCAGGAAGUCCCACCUCUGUGACCCACUAAGUGGUACAUAGUAUGUAGCCAACAGCUAUAGGUGGGCUUGAGAGGGGACUCGGAAGCGACCUCCUGCUUCAAUGCACGAUCCUGGGCCCUUUCCCUCCACUCUCUAUCCGGUCUGGGAUGGAUGGAAGCCAGACAGCCUUUCUCAGAGGAGACCAGUCUGGUUGGUUGGUUGGUUGAAUUCUGUAACACACAAUCUGGUUUUUAAAAGCACAUAGAGAAACUCCCCUCCCCACCUCCCCUGGUCUUUGUGGCCAUGUCUUCCCUUCUGAGGUGGGAAUAUGAUCCUUUCAAAAAGGAUUAAAAUAGUCCCUGCCACAUUUGGAAAGUAUGCAUCUUGGUGUUAGAAGCCAGGCCGAGUUCUCAGCACAGGCCUGAACUGUGGUUGACCUGGUGCACACAAGCUAGGGAGAAGGGGUAAAGGUUGCAAGGAGGCAGGAGCUCCUUUCCCAGAGAACUGGACGAGGCUCUGUGCGCAGUGAUCACGGUUGCCCUCUGUUUGGGAAGUAACUCCUAACACUGCAUUAACCUAUGGGGGGUUGCACCUGGGCCCAGCCCUGGGCCAGAUGUGCCUGUAAGGCAGCUUUGUAGGGCCAUGCAAGCCAGACUUAGUGCCUUAACUCAAGAACUUGUCUCCUUGGGUGGGUGGGGGGAGCGCAUAGGCCCCUGAGUCUGUGGACUGAACACAACAUCCUUGAGGCUAGGUAAACCUGGAGCCAGGGGGCAUGGGGCAAGGGGCUUGGUUGAGCUGGCCCCUUCCCAGGUGAUUUCCCUGGGACUCUGGUAGGAAAUAAACAGCUCUUUCAAGGUUUCUUAUCUGCUUCACUUGGCGCAUAGUCUGAGUGUGGCCUAAAAGUGAGCAGUGUUCUUAUUCUGCCAGUGGGAUGUGUGCUUUGGCAAAUGAGCUGCAGGUAUACAGAAACACCUGCCAAUACAUACAAUGGCCAAUCUUUCAUCUCAGCCAUUUUCCUUUCCUUUCCUCGCUCUCAGAGCGAGGGAGUCUUUGUUCAUUUCUCUAUCCUCUUUAUUUUUCAAUGUGGAAAAUUCCUGAUGGAAGCACUGGCGGAGGGAGGGGGGCUCAGAUUCACAUCUCCACUGCCAAUUCUUUUCUCUCCCCAGCAUUAGGAAUUGAACCCAGAGCUACAAGCAUACUAGGCAACCACUCUGCCACUGAACUAUAUCCCUGGCCCUCUAUUGGCAAUUCUGUUGUUGUUCAUCCAGCUGUGUGACUUUGAAUAAGCUGCUUCAAUAAGAGCUAUAAGCAUACUCUGCCACUGAAUUACAUCCCCAGCCCUCUAUUGGCAAUUCUAUCAUUAUUCAACCAGCUGUGUGACCUUGAAUAAGCUGCUUAAUCUCAAUGAGCCUGUUUCUUCAUAAGUGAAAAUGAUCAUUAUGCCUACCUCCAAGGUCAUUGUGAGAAUUCUAAGCACACAUGUAUGCAAAGUGCCUGGCACAAAGUAGGUGCUCAAUAAAAGGUAGCUAUUACAAUACUA